AUGCCUUCAAAGUUCUCCGGUCUCCGGAAGCCCCUCGCCAAUAUGGUCUCAGGACCGAGGAAAGUUCUACGGCGGCUCUUCGGGGCGAAACAAAAGGGCAAUAUAGUCCAACCUCCAGAAGCAGACACACCAGACUUAGCCGCCAUUCCGCAAAGCUACGACAUCAACGAAAUCGGGAGAAUAUCCGAGGGCAGCCCAGAACCAUCUAUAGAUCGUGAAGUGGACUAUGAAGCUUCAGAGAGUGCUAUGGGUGUUGUUCAACCGAGCUCUCAGGAAGACCGAAAUGAUCCCAGCGACCUAAGCGAGGUUAAAAGCGUACUGCUUGGUUCGACCGAAAAACUUGGGAAGACUGAUAUGCUGUUGGCUAGAGCCUAUUUCGAAGAAAUCGGCUAUGAAAACGUUGCUGAGGCGUCCAAGAAGCAUAUGGAAAGCCGCGAUGAAGAGAUACAAAUGAAACUAGGACGUGACGGGCAAACACAAUCAUGGAGCAAUGAAGAAGUCUUUUCCAUCGCUCAAAAAGUCUUGACAGUCCACGAGGCUCUCGUUAAUAAUGUACUGCAGACCGAGAUAGGCGCUUCUUUGGAGCCAGAAUUUUCGACCGACGAUCUGGUUGAAUUUAGGCUACACAGCGGCGAGUUACUAAAACCAAGGAUUCGGAAAUAUUUAGAGGCCAUGUUCGCGGCUUUCGCUUUACAGCUAGACUGCUGCAAAGUGAAUCACUUCAUGCGGUUAAAGUUGACAGGCUUUGUGGAUCAGGUUGAUCAUGAAAAGCCGACUUUCUUUGAUCUGUACCUGUCAAGUGGACAUGAUUCUGACACAUUGGAUAGAGAAUUAACUCAGGGAGAAGUUACAGACUGUACUUUGAUCAAGAAGUCUAUACUUGAUAAGAGAAAACUGGAUGUCUUGCUCAAAGAGACUUAUAACCAAAACCACAACACACAAAAUACUUCGGCAAUGAAAAGCACCCAAGAGAAUUCACGCCCCUUACAGUUAAACGUUUCUGAGGAGCUCAGCUCGUUAGCCACGCCGAUAGUAUCGCUAGCAAGCCUAAUGAAGCAAUAUGCGUCUUCCGACCAUAUCCGACGUGUCUGGAACGCUGAGCCAUUCUCGCCAAAUGAAAGAGACUGGCUUUGCCUAAACCUGUCUCUGUCGUUGUUUCACAUGUCUAGUCGCAAUUGGAACAGGGCGACAUGGUACUCUGAUGAUCCUAACACAGAAAUUGGAAUAUUCUUUCUCAGGGAUCCCAGUACUCAGGAGAUUGUAGAUAAGACACGGCCAUAUAUGUCAUGGCGCCUCCAAGAGGAGUCUGAGGUUCUUCAAAGGACUGCAAAGGGCCUUGUCUAUGAUACCCAACUUUUGAGCUUUGCUAAGCUAUUGAUUGAGGUACACACAUGGAGAAAGCUUGAUCUCACCCCUGAACCAAAGUCCGAAGAAGAACUUCGCUCCCGUCUCCGGAAGUAUAUUGACGCCAACAUCAAUUCACCCAGGGACCUCAAGCUCAUUUCUGCUCUCAAAGCCUGCCUGGGCCAUGUCGGGCGUAUUGACGCUACUGCAGAGGACAAGCCGGAACGAAUUCAGAUGUAUGUUUUCAAAAACAUAGUAACACCAUUGCAUGAGUAUCUGGGCACUCCCAAUCUGCCAAAAUCCACAUUGGCGGCAAUGCCCCCGUAUGAUCAAGCUGUGUUAGACGGUUCAAAUGAGUCGACAAAUGACACGCCUAUAUAUGACACCCGUAUUAAUGACGGCAAGCAUGAAGAAAAAAGUCCAUAUGAAAAGCAAGAAUUCUGGAACAAAAUGGAGAUAUUCAUUAAGAACUACAUCAGCCCUCUAGCACUGUCGGAUGAUGUUAAACCAUGGCCCGAAAAGAAAGUCCGGAUAGCAGUUAUUGAUAGUGGUGUCAAGGAGGAAGACGCAGAAAUCGCGGCAGCAGCAAUUACUGAACGUAUUCGAGGCUAUCGGAACUUCACUUCUCCAGAUAUAAACAACUGUGAAGAUCAAAUCGAUCACGGGACUAGGGUCGCCCGCCUCUUGCUUACUGUAGCACCGGAAGCCGAGCUCUACAUUGCAAAGGUGACAGAUGCGACGAGAAUACCGAAGAAUCAGCUCCAUCGCAUCGCUGAGGCCAUUAAAUGGGCUGUACUGGAAUGGGACGUCGAUAUCAUCUCAAUAUCUCUAGCACUCUACGAUGAACAUUAUGAUAUUAAUGAGGAGAUCACCGAGGCACUUUCGCCUUCGUCUCAAGAUGCGAAGCGCAAGCUCGUGUUCGCCGCCGCCGGGAACCGAGGGCCUUUUGAACGACGAGCAUUUCCGGCCAGAAACAAAGGAGUCAUCGCCGUCCAUGCCACAGACUGGAGCGGCGGGGGGGCGAAGUUCAAUCCGAACCCCGAGGGCGAAUUAAAUCUCUCGACUCUUGGCGAAAAUAUCAAGAUACGAUGGCCGGAUCCCGACAACCAUGGUGAAAUGGGGGACGCCUACAUAUCUGGCUCGUCAUUCGCAACACCAAUUGCAGCCGGGAUUGCUGCAAACGUCCUUGAAUUUGCGAGAUAUAGGUUGAAAUUGAAUGGCUGGAAGAAAGAUGUGAUUUACUCGCACCCUGUCAUCAUCCACAGCUCCAGCUAUCAAUUACCUCACGUUAGCCUAAAUAUGGACCUGGUCUCGAAAAAACCCACGCAAAGCAUUUCGGAUGCUUCGCAAAAAGGUGUAUCUUUGUUUCGGUCAUGUUCUUUGCGCACUACGCAUGCCGUCAUCGAGUUCCAAGAGAUGGAGCGGCUGUUCAGAGCUUGGACAGAAAGGUUGAGUGUCUUCAGCCAGAGUGCCAGUCUCGAUAUGCGGCUGCGCGCAGAGAAAUAUGAUAAAUUCCGUCCGAUAGUUAUGGAUUACCUAGACGUUUUGAACGUAAACCUAUCUCUCGCACACAAAAUAGUCUCUUCGAAUAAAAACGAGCAAAUCGUCAAACAAUCCCUUGAAAUCCUCCUAUUCUCUAUCGGAAAGUCUUUGGAACGUUUGGAUUGGGCCGCUUCUGCCAUCGGUCAAGCGUCCCAAGGCAAGUUGAUCAACAGAACCAUCGUCUUCGCAAGGAAGCAUGACGACUUCAAGAGGCUCACCAGAAUGUUCUCCUUGGUAAUCCUUUGGCGAUACGCACCGAAAGAUCAGUUGGGUAAUAUGCCUCUGAAAUCCUUGGAAGCUCUCAUACCUUCGGAGAAGAAGAUUCUGCAGCGACAUCCUAAGGGCUUGUUUCUAGCCCUCAUCAAGACUUCCAUCGUCCGACACUUUGGAAUAUUAUACGAGCGCAAUAGAAGAGACAAAGAGAACAAGGGACUGGCAGCGCUAGCCAUGAGAUCGCCGAAACCGCAAGGUUCCACUCCAGCGGAUGGCGAUACUAUCACUGCGCAGUAUAAAUCUCCCCAGCCGAAUCAACCAGCACCCGGCGAGGCAAAUCAGGCGGCCAAACGAGACGACGAGGCACGAUCAGAGAAUCAGCUAACGGUACUAUCGAUUGACGUAGACCGCUACAAUACGGGACGCCCUACUUCUGACGAGAAACCCGCUCCCCUUGUCUCUGAGGCUGGCGGGGCGUCAUUUCCUAGAGCACCCAAGAUCCCGAACGGACAGACAAAGGGCACUUGUCCAAUAUGCAAGCAGGAGUUUCCUGCAGAAGAGUUGCAGGGAGCUAAGUGGAUAGCUCACGCCACUAAGGAUAUCAAGCCCUAUGUCUGCAUAUUUGGGGACUGCAUGUCGGGUAUUCAAUUCUUCGAGCGCCGCAGAGAUUGGAUUUACCAUAUGCAUGAAUUUCACUCGUCUAUUUGGAUCCCACCCAUGCUUGACCUAUGGAGAUGGGAGUGCUCUUUGUGUUGUUCGGACUCUGAUACGGAAUUUAUUUUUGAAGAAGGAGUGAAAACGAGCUUUAUGGAGCACCUUGAGCAGUCACAUCCUGAUACUGAUACGGAGUCGCGGCAAGGCUUGGUCAAUAAUUGUGCGGUGCCUCACUUUCGGUCCCCGGAUCAUUGUCCAAUUUGUGGAACUCUUCACCAACCGGCUAUCCCACUUGAACCCCAAUCAGAGACGGCAUCUAAUUCAGGGGCUAAGGAGACUGAGAAAGCUGCUCAAUCCCAGCAUAAGCCCAAAGUGAGAUUUGCUGCGCCAGAAAGGCCGACUGGUGAAGAUGAACGGUGCCCAGCAGAGAGUUCGUCGUUAGACCCGCAGGACUGGCGCUCGACCCGAGCAACAGGUGACCAGGGAGUCGAAAAUUGCAUUGCCGAGCAUCUAAGAGAACUGGCUCUCUAUUUUUCAGACCGCCUCAACGACGACGAUGACCAACGAGACUCCGACAUAUCAUCAGGCGAUGAAAUAGACCGGUUUCCCGUUCCGGAUGAAGAAAAGGUCGAGAUAAGGGAAUGCAUAGCCAGAAACCUCCGAGAACUUUGUGAGAAACGCGACGAGCAAACCAACUGGAACUUCAAUUGGGUCGAUGGCCAUCGAAUUGCUGAGCCAAACAUGUCCGAUGAGGAACGAGAAAGAUUGUUUCCAGAGAAUGACCAUCCGGGCAACGACGAUGGCUUACAGUCUAGGGCCUCGGAAAUUCAAGAGCUUGACGAUCCUGAGGUUAAAACAACUGCUGAGCCAAAGGUGUCCGAUGAGAAACGAGAGAGUUUGUUCCCAGACGAUGGCCACCCGGGAAACGGCCAUUACUCAUGGUCAGAACUCGACUCUCGUGAGAUCAAAAACACUAACAAGCUUCCCUUGGGGGUUGCAAAAGACCUCAAAUGCCAGCGUGAUAGCCCCAGGCGCAAAUGGUUCCAAACGUUGCUGGAAAAAGCCGCCAAUGUAAACAUUCGAGGUGAUGCGGGCAAUCGUUCACGCGGUAACCAAGAUGAGAACAAAAUUAGGUCAAAGUUCCUGUCGCGUACUAAGAAAAGAGCACGAUGA